ACUUCGUAUGGCGUGGCGAUACAAGUUGAAGACUUCUUGCUUCAGAAUAAAAUGUCGAAGAGUCAAGACCAUGCACCCCAGCUGAGCAUAAGACAACACGGCGUUCUUGAUCAACUGUCAGUAACAAGGCAAGACAAGAGUGGUCCCAGACGGUAGUUGUAGUUUCUGGUGAAAAUGGUGACCAGUCACAAGGGGUAACAAGCACACCUGCUCGCUUUCGCCAACGCGACCCAAGAGAUGCCCGCCAACGACGAAGCAAUCAAUUCCUCUGCACAAAUUCAUGUCUCUCCCAAUCCCUCAUCCGCCAACCCUCUUGUCCCCGCUGUCGUGCACGAUGCCCCUCAAAACGAAAGCUCUGAGCAAGAACCACAGUCGACCCUACUCCCAUUCCGCCGCAUACAACGCCACCCAGACCUCUAAUGGUUUAUACUCGUCCCCAGCUCCUGCACCUCAAUCGGUCUCCUUUAGUCGCACCUCCUCCCGGCAUGCCGGAACUCAAACACUGGUUCGGGGAACACGAGUCAAGUAAGAAAGACGUCGAAUCUGCAACUCCUAAUGGCGGCAGGGAAAGACGCUUCAGAAGGGAGGCCGAAGAUAGCGAUUCCCCGGUGCGAACCACCUUUCGCUCGACGAUGACGCAACCCUCGCAAAUGGGAAACUUCAAACAUCAUCCUUUGCGGGACCGUGACCGCGAUCUGGAGAAAGGGGACAAGGAGGGUGAGAGACUCAGGAAUCUAUCUGACAAGUUUGAUCGCGAUCGACUCGCUGCGCCGGGCUUACGAAACAAGGAAAGAGAUAUCGCCCCUCACUUGAUCGAAUCUUCUCUUCGAGGUGCAUCUGCACUGACCGGGACGCGCCGAGGGGAGCCAAGAGAUGGCACGAAGAAGAAGAUUGGUGAGACGAAUGACGACUGGCGAAGAGGCAACUCUACGCGCCCUGAACGGUCAGAUAACGCUCGUCCUGACCGUGAGCGACCACGUUCCCGAGUUCGUGACUCUUCGAGGCCAAGGCGUGAUCAUUCUUCUUCGCGACGCGAACGUGACGAUGAAAGAGAGCCUGGUGACCACCGACGGCGGAGAGAAGAUCAGCGCCGAGAGCGCGAUCAUGAUCGAGCGGGAGACAAAGACGAGGAGGACACUCGCAGAUGGCGCGACGACGGCAGGAGGGAUGAACGUGUUGCGACGAGGCGGGCGAACGAGCGUCAAGCCGCGACCGACAAAGCACAGCAAGAAAACGGUGACUCAGACCGACGUUGGACGGUCGUGGAAGAAAGGGAGAAUCGCACCAAGCGAAAUCAUCGCGAUCGGAGAGCUGGAGGUGACGAUGCCAAGGAAGAGCGUCGUGAGCGCGAGAGGGAAAAGGAGAAAGAACCUGCUUGGAUGGAGACCUACGUGCCUGACUCCCCGGGUGGGAUCGUCGGGCGCGGGACUGACGGUGAACUCGACGGCAUCCAAGCCUGGAAGAAGGGUCUCAAAGAAAAGGAAAAGAGCGAUGCAAUAGCCGCGGCUAUUCCCGCCAAAGCGGAACCGGAGCCUGCCGCUCUCCCGGAUGUAACGUCCAACAAGCCGCUCAACGAGAUUGAGAUGUUCAGAAUGUUGAUGAAGACCGCUGCCGAAGAGCCCAGUCAAGAUGCAUUGCCUCCGCCUCCGGGAAUCCACGCGAAACCUUCUCAAGGGACUUACCAACCUCCUCCCCCAGACGGAGUGGCCGUAUCGGACCACGUUUCCGUGAUCGCGCCUUCGGCCGUCGAUUCCAACGUCACUUCUCUUGAUCCCAAUUCACUUUUGUCCACAAUUUUGGGCAAAGGUGAACCCCAAGAACAUCAAAUUCAGACAUCGUCCCGAUUCUUCCCGAAAACCACUGCGAACGCGGGCCCGGAGAAGAUCAAUUCACCCGAAACUUUCAACCCUCCAUCUGGAUCUCGUCUUCUCGCCCUGGGAACGCGGCCGACAGGGAAAUCAGUCACACCCGAAAUAACUUCAGCUUUGCCGACCGCGACUCCAGCUCCACCCACGCCGACUGAGUCGAUGCGAGCAGGCUUCACGCACUUUGACGAGCAAUCGCGAAUGGGCUUUGGGAUGGAGCCACGUGAUCAGACGCCUUUUGCUGGGGGUCGUGUUGAUCGACAGUCCGGCCUGGUUACCGAAGCCGGCUUGUAUCCGGACGCUUAUGAUCCAGCGAAUGGCUAUUCCGGUAACAAAGGUAGUCGCAUGGCUAAAUUCUUCUCUGAGCCCAAACGGGGUGAUCCUCAAAGCCCGAUUGGAUUUACGUCGACCUCGCCCGGUCCGAGUCAGCGCCCAGUGCAAGCCCAAUCUGCGAUGGACGGUCUCUUGUCGAAACUGAAUAACUCUGCGCACACCCCGAGAGCUAUUCCGAAUCUGCAGCUCUUGCAACAACAGCAGCACCAGCAGAUGCAACACACGCAACAACAACUGCAACAAUUGAACAUCAAUCAUCGCAUGGACUCAUUAUACGACAGCCGUCUGGACGACCGCAAUUUCGUCCCCGAUGGGAUGGUACCGGGUCUUCGGCCCGCCGUCCCGCGUGGCGCUCAGAAUGGGGGAAUGUUCCCGGAGUCGCUCGACGAAGCAAUGCAUUUUGGACAACCACGCGUUGCUCCCCAGCAAAACCACGUGUAUAAUCCACAAGCACUGCCGUCUGGGUUCGGCCAACCAGGGGGACGCAACAACGGGCUGGGGAUGCAGGGACAAUUCCGAGGGACAUCGCCGAUCGGCAAUGGUCAGGCCCGGGGCAUUCCUACUGGACUGGCUAAUCUUGGGGGCCGGCCGCCUCUGGACAGCGCACAGUACAUGGGAAUGCCUGGGCUUCCUCACAACGGAGUGCAUCCGAAUGCGCCGCCCCCUCAGUUCAACAGUUUUGCCGCGCAGCCCCAUUUGCGUGUCCAGCAGCAUCACCCCAAUCUCGACAUGGUGGCCAACGCUCGGAUGCUUGGUGGCUUUGGGUCUCAGUCCCAGAUCCUCCAGCAGCAGCAGCAGCAACUACUGAAGGAACGGCAACUGCAGCAAAUGCAGCAAGAGCGAGCUAUCAGGAUCCAGCAAGAGCGGAUCCAGCAAGAACGGAUCCAGCAGGAGCGACUUCAUCAUCAGCAGCAGCUUUCUCAGCACCACCAACACCAGCACCAGCAGCAACUCUCCCACCACCAGCAGCAGCACCAGCCGCAGCAUCAUCACCAGAUUCCGCAACACAUGUUGCACCAGCACCAGUCGCAGGCCAGCGACUUGAUGGCUCUUCUCAUGGGCGGCGCUCAAACGCACCGAGAGUAACUAGAUGCCUUGUAAUAAUACAUACUUCGUACCGUUAUCUUCCCAAUAUUUUGGCAUUUGACAAUUGCAUUUCGCUGCAUCGCUAUCACCGGCGCCUGUGAACUCCCGAUCAAUACUUUCAGAAUUCUGGGCCUGCGCACCUGGUCUCGCGCGACGCUCGCUGCGACAGUGGGCGUCGCCUGGGCGGACGGAAAUGAUGAUCAGGAGAUGUGCCGAAGAUGCUCCCUCGUACUGCUCCCAUAUGUCACUGAUGACGACUCGCUUAUCUCCGAGACACACCACCAGAGUCGGCGCUCCACAACAGGCUAAGGGCUGCCAAGGAGUCGACGCAUGGGAAAUAUUGUAGCGCGGGGAGCCACCGCCAGGGCACUUCGAUCGGGACGACCGCGCGGAGAGCGUAACCCUAAAUCCGGCGGAACGCGGGGUUCCUCCUUCCAGCGCACGUCUUCAAUCAGUGAUUCGGAUGGAGGGAUGUGCAUAUAUGCGCGGGAAGGCACCGAUUCUGAGAUGCAAAAUUCUCUUGGGAUUCGCGUUCUGAUGAUUCGACGCAUGUCAUUCCCUGGCUGUUGGCAAGCCCAGUCCGAGGUGCGUCGGCGUUGGCAGGCUCUAUUCGGCCAGGAAAAAGCGGCAUUUAAUAUUACACUGUCGAGCCUGUUUCAACGGGCGCAGCUAGACUAAGUCCCUUGCAAGCUCUCCGGUCAACUACGCUAGUGCCUACGAAACCGGCGUGGACUUAGAGUGACGGGCGUGAAGAGAACAUGGCCCGAUGGACAGAUAAGAUGUGAAUUGAUCGGAGGGGAUGGGAAACAUCGGUCCUGUGUGCGCGUUGCGGGGCGCCCUGAGACUGUAAUUUAUGCCUGAACCGUAGACACAGACAGAUGCACUGCCAGCGAGAUCUCAACCAUUCAGAGCGGCUGGAAGCACGACCAGGAAGUCUGCUGGUAUGGAUUACGUCUCGAAGCGUUGCAUCUCAUCUAUCUGUGACUAACCGGUACGAUCCAGCUGUUCCCAAGCAGACGAAAGGAGUUCUCUGCCUGCAGGCAGGGAACGUGUUCUCGAGUAUCAAAAGUCAGACCGACCGCGAGACAGCUCGCCCUUGUUAUAGACCUACCUACGCGGCCACGCUCUUUCCGCGCUGCAUCCCUCGUCCCUUCAAAAGCCCGCAUCCCUCCUCCGACGCGACCUUUUCCGCUCGCGCGCCUUCAUCUUUCCCCUUCCUCCCUUUCCCCCCCAUCCUACACCCGUGCACACGAUUCGCUUCGUGGGCCAUAAUUUGUCUCACCCCAGUCAUUCUUUCAUUCCUUAAUUGCCUUGUGGCCGAGGCCCCUCCCUUCAAGUUGCAAUUGCUCGAGGUGAGAUUUUACUUUGUCAAAGAGGAUAUUGUUGGUGUGCGAUGUAAAACGUGGCGGAACAGCCUUGUGGACUGGGACACGAGUUGUGAUUGUGCAACCCGUUCACACAGCUCUUCACGCCCUUCACAUUCCCUAAUCGAGCCGUCCAUCGCCCAUCCAAAUCGAGCUUCGGGUGAUGUGAUGGAAUGAACCUCGGACCCCGGCACACUUUGUUUAUAUACUUUCUUCCCUUUUCCUCUUGACCUCUGCGUCGUCGUGCUUGCUGGUGGCAUUUUCAUUCCAUCCAUUGUUGCCGGCGGCCGCGUCUCCCAUAACGACUCCCACGUUCUCCACGACUUUCCUUGCGCGACCGGCGCUGUCGUAUGCUUUGUAGAACGUCGUGGCUCUCUCUCGCCUGCGACCAUGAAAGACGUCACAGCCCUGCACAAGCACUCUCGAAACUCCCUCGUCUAUCCCAAGAAACGGCCAUCUCCUCACGGUGUCACAAAGUCCUCCCACAAGACACCCUUAUUGCUUCCUGCACAUGGGCCCGUCCGUAAGACGCCACGGUCAGCCAAGGCCAGCCUCGCCCAUCAACGCCAGCGCGAGGCUCAGCUUCAAGCGUUGCGAAGAGAUGGUGUCUUGCUCGAGGACGAGUACCGGGAGGAGAUUCGCCACUAUAUGCACGAGAUGGAGCGUUUCACAACGUGUUCUCUCCAGUCCAUGGACCAGCAACCGGAAAUCCGGUGGCACAUGCGUCCUUGCCUGGUCGACUUCCUAGUCGAAAUUCACUUCACCUUCCGCCUACGACCCGAAACCUUGUAUCUCACCCUCAAUAUCAUCGACCGCUACGUCUCGCGGCGUGUCGUGUAUAUCAAGCAUUAUCAGCUCGUUGGCUGUGCUGCCCUUUGGAUUGCGGCCAAGUUCGAAGAUGCAAAGGAACGCGUCCCGUCCGUGACUGAGCUCGCGCAAAUAUGCCGAGACACCUACGACACGUCAGCGUUUCUUCAGAUGGAAGGGCAUGUUCUCUCGACGAUCCAGUGGACGCUCGGUCACCCCACUGCCGAGGCGUGGUUGCGUUUGAUGUGCACGGGGCCUUGCGUGGAGGAUAUCAAGGUCCAGCAUGUCGCCCGCUUCCUGAUGGAAAUCACGCUGUUCUAUCGCGAGUUCGUGAAGUACUCUCCGUCCACUAUCGCUUUGGCCGCCCUUACGCUUGCUCGCUUCCUCUGUGAAAAGCCGCGACGUACAUGGGAGGAGACCGACGAAUGCUUCGAAGUGGUUGGCCAUUUGGACAGCCGUCUAUCGAAACACGUGAACGACCUGUCGGAAACGCUUGUGAAGAAGUACUCCUACGCGUUCUACUCGAAAGCGGCCACCUUCGUUGUCCAGUACUAUCUUCAAGGCGGUCGCUAUGUUCGUUCGACGCCGCUGCCGAUGACGCCAAUCCGUUCUCCCCCUUCCACUGUAGCCACCCCCAUGAGUACGUCGAGUUGUGCGUCGGAUCGCUCCGACGACUUUCCGAUGACUCCGAACACGCCAGCCAGCGCCGGUUUCCCGACCGAUCCGUUUGGCGGGUUCACGCACACGGAUAAGGAAAACCUGCCAUCGGUGUUUGAGCCUGCAGUGAACAAGCACCGAAUUGAGACGGCGCCUGAGCAGUUCUUGCCGCACGACUUCGUGACUUGCCGACCGGUUCUACAGAAUCUGAACGUUUCUCCCCGGGCCAUGGUGCCAUAGCAUCUCGAACUCCGUCAUUGUAUCCGCCGUCAAAAGUUUACCAGCAAAAUGUAAUAACAACAGCAUACACGUCGUCGCCGACAUCGCACUUUUUUCCACUCUCUCCACUAGCAUGCAUCCACCACUGUCACUCGCAAUUUCCUCUCGUCGUCGUCGUCGUCGAAACAUCCUAUUCUGGCAGGUGCACAAUCUAUCGCGAAUAACGUUCGCUUGGUGUAUCGCGCAGUCUCUGUCGCUUUGACGGGAACCACUAUCCCCUGCCAGUCUGCGUCGGGUCCAGCGACCCGGGCAUGGAUUUGCCCCUAUAUUUUUCGCGGGCGUGCACUAUAAAUGACCGGCUUACACUCUCCUUCGCUCUCGUCCUAUGCAUUCAUCCAUCAUCCACCAUCAUUUUCAUCAUUCCUGCACCAAAGACGACAGCUUGUACCCCUUGCUCCCUCCUUAUACUUUAUUCUUCAUUUUAUGAUACAUACUUUCUCCGUCUUGACCCCACCGCGUUCCUCGGUGCAAAAGUACCCACCCUUCCCUCGGCGUUCUUUCGCAUUUGGUAGUCUUCCCUGCACAAUAUUCGUCUUUAUAAAUCCCUUACAAUCCGCCCUGUACAUACAUCUUGCAAAGAAUGCAAUCUGUCGUCGUCCAAAAGCUA